UAUAGGCUAACAUUAUAUGUAUUAAACGUGAGGUUGAGGUAACUGAAAUUAGCUGAAAAGCUAUUACUAUUUAAUUAUAACAACUGCAAAUAGUGCAGAAAUUAGAAUACAUUGCUAAUAGUGCAUGUUUGUAAUACAUUUUUAACAGUGCAUACUUAGAAGAUAUUUUGAAAAGCUAAGUGAUAUCUCUGUGCACUUCUAUCACAUUGUAAGUGAAGUGGUAGUGCAACUCCAGUGAGUGGAGCAUGCAACCAGCACCUGCAAUAGGGGUUGCGGGGCGAGCCUUAGCCCCCAUUGACCAACAACCAGCUGUGAAGGCUGUGCAUGUUUAUAGAAAUGGAGACCCCUUUUUUCGAGGCCGUCGCAUGUUGAUCCAUGAGAAGAGAGUGGGUACCUUUGAUGUGUUCCUGAAGGACGUAACCGGUGGGGUACAAGCUCCUUUUGGAGCAGUAAGGAAUCUUUACACACCAAGAAAUGGACACAGGGUUACAUCACUAGAAGAUCUGCGGCCUGGAGAGCACUAUGUAGCAGGAGGGAGGGAGACCUUCAAGAAGUUAGACUACCUGCAUAUAGGGGAAGUUAAGAAAAAACCAGUGGACAUCUUAAGUCAGGUUAAACCCGUAUCCCACAGCAGAAUCAAUGUAUCUGCAAGGUUUCGAAAACAAGUGCAAGAGCCAUGUACUAUAUUUCUAAUUACUAAUGGAGAUCUAAUGAGCCCAGUUGUACGUCUGUUGAUACCAAAAAAAAUACUAGAUCAGUGGGAACUUGUGCUCUCUAUGGUUACUGACAAAGUAAGGCUCAGGAAUGGAGCAGUACACAGGCUAUAUACAUUGGAUGGAACAACAGUCCAAGAUGGGUCUGAAUUAGAAAAUGGGCAGUUUUACGUAGCAGUGGGAAGAGAGAAAUUCAAAAAGUUGCCUUAUAGUGACCUGAUUUUCCCAAAAGCUUCAAUGAGAAGGGCUCACGGGUCCAAAGCAUCUUCUUUGCCCCCAAUAAAUGGAUUCCGAAAGUCCAAGGAGAAUAGACAUGAGCGCCAAACAAAAUCUACAGGAGGUACCAGUGAUAAUGCGGAGAACCUGAUAUCCCCAAAGCCACCUAAAGGAAAAAAACACCCAGAGCCACAAAUACUAAACAACAAACCUGUCAAAAUCAGCCUGAACAAUGGAGAAAUAAGUGCAGAUGAAAAUUGUACUGAGAAUGAUGAUGGUAUUUUCAAAGCUUGUGAAGACAGACCAGAAAUGUGGGGGGCAGCAGAAGUUCAGGAAGAUGAAAACACUAAAGUGGAAGUUCCGGUUGAUCAGAGAGUAGCAGAAACUGUAGAGGAGGAAGAAAGAGAUAAUGAAGAUCAUGAAGAGGUUGAUGAAAAUGGAGAACCUGAAGAAGAUGAGCAAAACCAUCCCACAGAAGAACAUAUCAACGAGGAUGAAGAGGAAGAGCAUAGUAUGGCUGAAUAUUCUCUUGCAAGACCAACAUCAUCAAGACUUUUGGAAAAAGUAUCCACCCCGACUGAAGAUGAGAAAAAAGAAUCCUUUGCUGCAGACUAGAAAAUUGUACAUUUAAGAGAUAUUUAAACAAAAAUAGGACCCAGUACUUGAAUCUGUAUAUUUUUUAUUGUGUCUCGAAUGAUUAUUACAAUAUUUGGAUAUUAUUCUUUUUUGGGGUAAUAAUGGCCUAUAUGCUCAUAUUCAGGCUAUGCUAAUAUUAAUAUACUUAAUAAAGCACAACCUUAGCCACACAUUACAUUUGGUUACUUGAGUAAUAUUAAUACAAUAUAAAAGCAGCUAAACCGCAAAUUGACCUAAAUAUUAUUAAAAGUCUAUUUGACAACUUUGACAUGACAAUGGUCAGUGUCGCAAAAUCUCACCUUUAUAUUCUCCUUACACUGGCAUUCAAAGGGUUAACAAAGCAAUAUGCAACAAAACCUGCUGUAAUGCUGACACAAAGUACUCAAAUUGUAAAACAAAACACUGAUGCUCCCUUUCAACGCAGCUGCCACUAGUGCUGUUCUGUCAGAGCGCCUCUCUUUUUCCCCUGUGCCUAAAGCCGCCUCCUGUGGAUAAUAUUGAGGGAGAUACAAUUAAAUUUUAUAUAUAUUUAGAAUGGCAGCAUUGCCCUGAUGUUGUUUUGAUAUUAACGUAGCUCUUCAACAUAUAAUAGAAAACCUCCCGAAAGUACCUGACAUUACUCAAAAAAAGAUUAUACUUUACAUUGCAAAACAUUUAGCAAUGCAACAAGAUGUAAAGUAUUAGGUACUUCUCACAUCUCUC